AUGAUGGCAACGAUUCCAGUCCCGUCCAUGGCACCGUCGCGAUUGGGAAGUAAUGUGCCCAGCCCACCUGAUGCAUUGAGAACAAUCCCCACGAAUCCCCAGGUUGCCGGCCAACAUUCCCCGCGAAAAGCUUCCAAUCUCAUUGAGCCAAGAUGGCGCCAAGCAGCUAAGGCUGAAGGAGUUAUCCAAGCGUGCCCAGCUGUGGCAGCCACAGUAGCCAAAGUUGCCGUUCAGGGUGGUAUCUCCUGUGCAAUCGGCCCGCCCUUGAUGCCUAGAGGCGCUAGCUGUCCCAAUCCCAUCCUGGACGCGGGGGGUCGGAGUGAAUUGCGUGUGUCCACCUCCUUACAUCGCAACCGAGCAUUCCUCGAGACACAUCGUGUCGAAGUGCAGGCAUUCGCAUCCUGUGUCAAACUUCUACCUCGUCGUCCCCAUCGCGGAAUCCUUCCGACCACGGCAUCUCAGAAUCCAACUAGUAAAUGGCUCUCAACCCCCCGAAAACAACUUCGGGGGAAUGGGUCGGCUUCAUCUGGCGUGUCUGGGCGAGCCUCAAGACUGUUUCCCCCGCCGAAGAUCCGGAAAGAAGCCCCUCGUGGCGCCGCUUGGCACACAGGCUUCGGAACCGAAGCAAGUCUUGGAAAACGUUGUUCAAGAACCAGCGGAAGGCUUGACCGUGCGAGCCAACCUUAA